UGUGAUGCUUGGGAGUGGGGUACUGGUUGUAGAAGUUUUGUGGUCUGUGUUGGACUACGGUGUCAUUAUGAAUGGCUGGGAAAGGCUUGCGAGGACGGAGCUUCGUCGUAAACAAAGGCCAAGGGGAGAUCACUUUAAAGUUUUCGGCGUCGAGGUCAAAUCAGGAUCAACAACUCCAGCUCAAAAACGAACACUCCAGAGACCAUUUUCGGCAACAGUUUCCAGACAAACUAGCCGAGUAAAACCUCAUGUGAAAUUAAGUGUCGACGGAUUCGUGUUUGGGAAAUACGAAACGAUAAAUGACAUUUCUGACGAAGCAGGAGCUAGACCUUGCAGACACCGCGCCGCUUUUCUCAAAGCCCUGCUCGCGACUACCACACUGAUGAACGAGCAGGCGUCUAAACAAAAUCCGGAAAAUGUUAGUUUGUCGUCCAGCCGCCCAUCUUCUGCGGCGGGGGCGGUAACUGAGUCGUCCAAAGGAGUACAGCGGCAGUCGUCCAGUAUGGGGGUGAAGAGGUUAAAAAGUGCCACAAGUGUAGUAGCUCGUUUUUCUUCAAUGGAUAAACAAGGCGGCCACGACAGACACAUAGAACGAGAGAUCAAAUCUAAAACCGAAGAGCUAGAGGGGCUUAGAGCUAAACUAGCUCAGGAGCAGGAUGGCAAGCAGGAGCUACAAAAACAGCUGGAUGAUAUCCUGCUCAACCAAUCAGACGCUAGCAAAAAGCUCGUGCGCGCGCAAGAACUGUGCGAGACACUACGCGCCGAAAACAAGACGAAAACUGAGCACAUUGAAAAGUUGGAGCGGAACAUGUCCCAUAUGGAAGACAGGAUGAGAAAUCUAGAAAUACGGGCUUCUGAGGUGGAAAAGGCCGAGCUAACAUUGGAGUCUACACGUAGGAAUUUGGAGAAUUGCCAACAAGAGUUAAAGAACAAAGAACGAGAAUUUGAAAGGUUCCAAGAGAGAUAUGACGACAAGUGCAGAGAACUGGAGGACUCCAACAAAAAGGUGAAGGAGAUGGAGAAAAAACUGGAUGACCUCAAGGUUCAAGUCAGACACGAGUUGAUGAAGAACGAUAAUAUCGAGAGGGGUCUAGAAACCAUCCCGAGACUCCGGGAAGAGAUCAGUGAAAAAGAGAAGAAGAUCCUGACAUUGGAGAAAUCUCUGGAAGAAAAGACCGCCUUGUUGAACGCCUCUAGAAAAUCUGCUCGUGAAUACAAAGAUCAAAUUCGGGACACAGAAGCAAAAGAAGAAAAGAUAAUCUCCCUAACCGAAGAGCUCCAGAUGGCCAAAAGUGAGGUCACAACACUGAAGAAGCUAAUGGAAAGUAAAAAUGUUUUGAUUCAGCAGAAAUGCCAGGCCCUGGAUCGCUCUAAAGUGACUGUUGAUACACUGAUCAAGUCAGCUGGCAGCCAUGAUGAGAAGAUCAAGCUAGGCCAGAUCCAGCAAGUCUUGGACAGACUAGUACAGAUUUACCUGCAGACUUUAGCACCUGAAAACAAACCUAGCCUUCUAGACAACCCUGAAAGAAAAUCUGUGGCCAGAAGGGAGGAAAUUUCUAUCAACAUCAAUGAGCAGCCGUACAGAGGGGAGAGGAAUUCAAACAAAGAAAACCAUGGCCACAGCCCUGACCAAACAAGCAGCAAAGCAAAUUAUUUUCUCACUGACCCAGUGAAAGGUGAUCAAAAACUGAAACAAAAACAGAUAAGAAAUAACGCAGCUCGAGAAAACGGAACGAAACUGCAAAGGAGCUCGUCCUUCCAUCAUCCAGCUAGUCAGAAUGGGACAAAGAAGAAGGCAAGUUUUAUUGGUGUUUCUCAUGAUGGUCGGCCUUGGACAUGCUCGCCUAGAUCCAGAAAGUCGUUUGCUUCUUCAGGUGAAUCUUCCACCAGUGGUUUCAUUUACACAUCAGAAAACAAGCAUAAGUUAAACUCCAAAUACCCACCCUCUUUGGAUUACUACCUGGGUGUGAACGUUGACGAGGAACUUAAUUCUGAAGCUUCACAUUACACGAGCACUGAUCAGUACCCUCCUAGUAGACUGACAGCUAAUGGUGGGGGUAGACAAGGGCAUUCACUCUCAACUACUGGCAGUGACACUGAGUACAGCUCACAGGAUAUAGCUGGUUAUGUGGACAGUAGCAAGUUAACAAAACACGAGCUGAGCAGACUGUCUCAUCUGACACAGAGUCAGAAGGAUGACAUUUUGUGUGAUAUCAUCCAGAUUGGGGACAGAGUUUCCAUUGAAGUGCCACAGAAACCGCCUCGUUAUGGACGCAAGAAACCCCAGCCCAUAAACUACAUAGGAAUUGUUAAGUACAUUGGACGCCUGGAGAAACAGCAAGAAGAUGACAGCGUGUAUGUGGGGCUCAGACUGGACGAACCCAUUGGUGACUCAGAUGGCAUGUACAAAGGCUCAAGGUACAUUUUCACCCCAACAAACUAUGCAAAGUUCUUCAAGAUCAAGGACCUGAAUUCUGUCUUUGAUGUUUCAUCAGGCCUGUACCUGCCCAUCCCUAGACUGAUGCUGCGCCACUAUGAUAGCCCCAACACCAACUCUUACAGCAGUUUCACUAGCACAAAUGGACACUCCUAAAUUUGUUAUAUUACAGCAGUUGUUGGAUGUUUGACAGCACUGAUGUUAAAACUAUCUUGGUGUGGCAGACAGAGAGUUCUUGUAAAUUUGUCUAAAUUAUUUAAAAUUUAAAGCAUAACUUGUUUGUUGUUUUGGAAAGUUUGUCUGUGAUAUGUGAAUGGAUGUGUCUAUUUAUUUAUUUAUUAUCUCACUGUUAAUGUAUAAUUUAUGUAAAAACACUUUUAAUUGCUAGACAAAUA